GCGAGGGAAAUUGAAUCUCCGCACGGACGAGCUUGACUCGGCAGACGAGAAUUCUGCAUCGUCGGUAGCAGACGACAGGAUAAACAAAGGCAGACGGCGCAGUGGUUGUGGUGGUGCGGUGGCUCGCAUUUCAAAAUUUUCAUGGGACCUACGGUGUUGAGUGGUGUGCUACCGAAUAUUCGAGUGAGUUUCAAGGGGAAGUCGUAAGAUGAUGCUAUACGAAGGCUGUUUCUUCGAAACAGGAACCAAUGAACUGAUGACCAUGGACCGGCGGAUCCCACACGUCCGCGACGUCUUCAGCGACCUCCGCCAGUACGAACAGUCUCCAAGGGCCAGGCGCAAAGAUGGCUCCCAAUCGAUCCCACCACCGAGGGCACCCUCAACGCCACCUCCGCAACACAACCGCGAGGCAUCCAACAACCGCCAAAAUCGCCCAAACCAGCCAGGCCCGAACAACACCCAGCAGCCUCUUACAGAGCGCGACUUUAGGCACCUAGAGCGCCACCUGUCCAUGAAGAAGACCAUUCGCAAACAGAUCAGCCGCAACCUGGCCCAAGCCUUUGUGGAAGAUCCGAAGGUGCUUGGCAAUAAUAAUCAGAACCAGACUAACCAGAAUCGGCAGGCGUCCAAUCCACAAGUGAUCACGUUGACUAGGGCCAAGAUAUCAAAAUCUGAGCAGAACUUCUUGGACAUGCUCAAGACCGGUGAAGACGCCAAGCCUAAAGAACAAGAGCAGUCCAACAGAGAUGGUAUUGAGCAGCCAACGCAGAAUUCCUUCUGGAAGUUUCUGGGAAUUCGAAGCAAGAGCAAGAGGUGAACGACGUUCACGCUGAGUCUAAGAUGAACUGUGGUAGGAAAAUGUGCCGUGUUGCAAAGUGACUGCAGUCUCCACCGCAAGGUGUGUCUGCUGUGUCUUACUGGUUGGUACGCCUCAGUGUUGGUGGUGACAGGGAUGCCUUUCUUGGACAAUCGAAUGCAGUAAUCCCAAUCAAGAUGCCAAUUGCGAACAGUUGGGGAGGAGGGGGGGGGGGUCGCUUUUGUAUUACACCAGUAUAGCGAUGAAAUACGAAGCCAUAUACAUUUUGGGAGGAGGAAAGCUCCUCUUCUACCGAUCAGCCACAGUGAUUGAGAGCCCAUAUGGCAGGGCGUAGUAGCAACGAGUUGGUGCUUUUUAUUUGUUUGCUUUUUUAUGUGGAAGAUGCUUAGAGUACUCCCAGUGAGUAUGAUGUGUAUUUAUUGUAGAGAUGUUCGAGAUUUCGUUUUCUUGCUUUUUUUGUUUCAUUAACACCCGGCGUAUUUGAUUAAUUAGGGUCCCAGUUUCACCAACCCCCAUUUGAACCGAGAUCAGCGGUCCCUCAACGUGAAUUUAACCCUCAACUCUGUUUCACCAAGGGUAUUUCUUGUCACUGAAACAUUCAUCGUGUCACUAACUAACACUGCAAAAAAAAAAUUUGAGUGUUCACUUCAAGUUUUAGCGACCCUCGAUCUCGGUUCAAUGUUAACCAGCGUUAGUAAAUCUGGGCCUAAGAAGUCUGUUAAGAAAUGUGAGGUUGAAAUGCAUGGAGGUAUGAUCAGCUACUGUGUACAAAUUCGAAGUGUUCCUAUCUAGGAGCCUACGAGCUCGAGGUAUGUGAAACGUGUCUACAAUACGCGUACUGGUCACGAUAAGGCUUUCAGGUUCACAAAUGUAAUGCAUUUCUCUAAAAAGUGCUGGCGUAUCUAGAUAUGUUCGUCGUGUCUGCUUGAGGACACAAAAUCCAGACCAGGGGCGGAUCUAGCCCCUCACUGGGGGAGGGGGGUAACCUAAGGAGUUGGGAGGGGCAUCGCCCCCCACCCCCACCCCCCCACCCGAAUCCGCUACUGAUAGAAACUACUUUUGUGUGAAAGAAGUUUUGUAAAAAUUUAGAUCGGUGGUGGGCUUUACAAUUGUUGUUUUCCUUGUUUUUUUUUAAGAAAUCGCAGGGACUACAUAGAGCAUAUACAUGUAUUGCAUUUUGCUGGCUGACAGCUGUGCUGACUCGAGAAAAAAAAAAAACGUUUUGGUUAACACAUACAAAAAAAAAAAAGUUAACGCGAGCACGUCAUCCAUUUUUCUUUUGUAGGGUGUAAAUGUAUAUUUGGAGAGAACGUUUGUGUUGAGGACGGAGCGUUUCUCUGUACAUAAGAACGAAUGCUGGGCUUUUCGAAUAAACACGAUUGUUCCUUA